AGUAAGCAUCGAGGAAAUGCGUCAUCGGCAGAUGACAAAACAACCACUAGUUGUUCGCACCAAAAUCCAUUUCCACCUUUCCCCAUUCGACAGGAACCCGCAGCAACCGGACGAACCGUCACCGUUUUCGCAUUCAUUGUCCAAUCCAGGGUCAUCCAACGACCGUUGCCCCGAGUUAUUCGGCCAUACCGAAACGCAAAAACAUGGCGGCCCGACCAUCAGCGCUUCGGAGGCGAAGCAAGGGAACGCGCCACGGCGAGCCGACAGUCCUUCUGCUAGCCGCGACCACGAUCCUGGCGGUUUCUUCGCCCCGGUCUUCUUUGCUUUCUCUCUGGGCCGCCGAAGCCUUUGCGCCGACCGGUCGGAGUGCGGGGCAACCGCACGGCCGGCGGUGGUUCCGGGAGCCGACCGCCGUGCGUGUUGCGAAAGGACUGCCUUCCUCGAAUUCCGAGAGCGAUGCCGAGAGCGAUGGCGAUGCCACCUUCGAUCCGCUCGGGGCUCCUUCCACCGGCAACCACAACAACAACAACAACAACAACAACAACAACAAAAACAACGAGGAGGAGCCAAGGAAGAAAAAGGUGGUCGUCAUCGGGGCCGGCUGGGGGGGGCUGUCGACGGCCCAGGCCCUGGGUGCCCAGGCGGAGGUGCCCCUGGACAUCACCGUGGUCGACGCCGCCCCCCGGGCCGGUGGUCUGGUCCGGGACGGCUUUGCGACCCAGAAGGGGAAGAAAGCCGCCGAGGCCGGCCAGCACGGAUUCUGGGACAACUACCACAACAUCUUCGCGCUCCUGGAAAGGGCCGACUGGGUGGACCCGGAGGAAAUCCUGACGGGGUACGCCGAGCAGGGCCAGUACUCGCCCUCCGGGCUGGAAGCCGUCUGGCCCGUGUACCGACAAAAGUCCCCGGCCCUCCCCACGGGCCUGGCCCAGGCUCUCUACACGAGGUUUCGGAAGCUCCCGCCCCUCGAUCGAGCCAGCGCGGCGCCCCUGGUCCUGGCCUUUUCCGAGUUUGACGAUUCCCCCGGGGCCUGGGAGAAAUACGAUUCGAUCUCCUUCCGGGACCUGUGCGUCAAGCUCGGGGUCUCCAAGCGCUGCUACCGCGAAGCCUUCGAGCCCAUGAUUCUGACGGGGCUCUUUGCCCCGGGAGCGGAGUGCUCGGCGGCCGCCGCCCUGGGCAUGGCCUAUUUCUUUGUGCUCAAGAGCCAGAACUCGUUCGACGUGAGGUGGUGCAAAGGCAACAUCGGAGAGCGAAUAUUUCAACCAUGGGUCGAGAACAUGGAGCAAGACCAGAAGGGAAGGCAAGCCGUGAGCUUUCGAAUGUCGACGAGGGUGACCGGCUUUGAAACGGACGGCGAUGCCCCCUCCAUCCGCCGGGUCCUUUGCGAAACGACCACCGCGCAAGGCGAAUCCGAGCAAGCCGUUCUGGAAGCGGACGAGGUUGUCUUUGCGGUGGGGGGUGCCGCCCUGAGCCGCUUUGUGCAGUACAGCCCGGUCCUUGCCAGGCACGCCGAGUUUCGCCGCUUUGCCAACCUGCGCGGCACGGGGGUCCUGGCCACCCGGAUCUACCUGGACCGUUUCGUGGACACUCCUUACUCCGCGAAUGCCUGCUGGGGAUUCGACGAGGGCGUCGGGAUGACCUUCUUCGACAUCACCAAGCUUCACGGCGUCGGGAAGACAAGGGACAACGAGGGAAGCAUUCUCGAGGUCGAUUAUUACCACGCUGCGUCGCUGCUGGUGAUGGACAACGAGGCGAUCGUGGAAAAGGUCAAGUCCGACCUGGACACGAUACUUGGAAAGGAUUGCAAGGCCGCGAGCGUCGUCGAUGCAGCGGUAGUCAAGCUUCCGCAGGCCGUCAACUGGUAUUCCCCGGGUUCCUACGCCAACAUGCCGGACGUGAAAUCCAGCGAUGUCCCCAACGUUUAUUUUGCGGGAGACCUGGUCAAGACCCGGCACGGGAGCUGGAGCCAGGAAAAGGCCUACGUUACCGGAAUCGAGGCGGCGAACGCCAUUUUGCAGCGGAGACCCACCCACGGAAUCCUGCCGCUCGAUCCCGAUGAAUUUCACGUUGCCUUGGGCCGCAAGGCGGUCUCGGCUGUCCAGCGCCUCGUCGGGAAGGGGGACCCGUCGAGGGCACCCUCGUUGGUCGACUUUUUGUGGUGAGCGUAGAACCGUGGAACCAAGACGAAGAAAUAUCGAGGUUGCUGUGUUUUCAAAAGUCCUGUAUCAUUCCAUCUACCGUCAAAAUGUAGUCGCGAAGUAUGUAAAUGAUCAUUCCUUGUGAAGGCGAUGGUUUGCGAAUCUAUAUACAAUCUAUAAAUCAAUUUGAUGACG